UAAACCAAUAUUUAGCUAAACAAUAUUGUUUUUUUUAAAUAAUAUAAGAAACUGAACCAAUUUCCCCUGUUUCCGUUCUGGUUGGCAGUUGUUCCUGGACAAUUCUAUGCUCUCUAGCUGCCGCUCAUCCUCAAUCCCCACCGUCCAUUUCAAACGACAGUUAACUUUCCCCCCAAACCCUCGUUCAUUUUUUAAUCGGGCCAACGUAAAUGCCACAGAACAAGUCGACCCUCAUCAACCUCCAACAUGUCUCCCUCUGAACCCACUCAGAGCCUUAAUGCCAGCUUAUGAGUCUUCCUACUUCCAUGACCCUCAUUGGGUUCAUUCUCUUUGUUCAAACGCGCUCAAAAUCUCGGCGAAAAUGGGUUUUCUUUGUGAAGGAAAACAACUGCAUGGGCAUUUGGUGAAGUUGGGAUUGUGUACUCUGUCUUUGCAGCAUCGGAUACUGUGUUUAUAUGUUAGAUGCAAGGAGUUUGGUGAUGCACAUAGAUUGCUUGGUGAAAUGACUGUUAGAAAUGUGGUAGCGUGGAACACGGUGAUAUGUGGGGUUGUUGAUGAUAGAAGUCAUUGCAAGUCGAAUUCGUACAUGGGUUUUUAUUUUUUUAGGAGAAUGUUAUUGGAAACUGUGCAUCCGGACAAUAUAACAUUCAAUGGUUUGAUACGUACAUGCAUCGAGUUGAAUGAUAUUGAGAUUGGUAGGCAAUUGCACUGUUUUAUUGUAAAGUUAGGAUUUGAUUCUAAUUGUUUUGUUGUUACUGCUCUAGUCGAUUUGUAUGCAAAAUCUGGUUUAGUUGAAUAUGCGAGGCUUGCUUUUGAGUAUGUUUUGUAUAAAGAUUUGGUUUUGUGGAAUGUGAUGGUGCAUUGCUAUGCUUCGAAUCAUUUGGCCAAAGAGACUUUUGGAAUUUUUAAAUCUAUGCAGUUGGAAGGUGUAAAGGUUGAUGAAUUUACGUUUUGUAGCUUGCUCAACUUGUGUGGUAAUCUGGGAUCUUGUGAUUUGGGAAAGCAGAUUCAUGGUGUUGUUGUUAGACAAUCUUUUGACUUAGAUGUUGUGGUGGCCAGCACAAUUGUAGACAUGUAUGCAAAGAAUGAAGACAUAGGGGAUGCUCGAAGGGCUUUUGAUAUGAUUUCCAUUAGGAAAGUUGUGUCUUGGAACACCAUGAUCGUGGCAUAUGGACAACAUGGAGAAGGGAAGGAGGCUAUAAGGCUUUUCCAGAAAAUGCUUCACGAAGAUUUUUACCCAGAUGAACUAACUCUGGCUAGUAUUGUGAGUUCAUGUGGUGAUUUGUCUGUCAUUAGUGAACUUACACAAGUUCAUGCAUACAUAAUUAAAUCUGGAUUUCAGUCCUUUCCAUCAAAUGCUAAUGCUUUGAUAGAUGCCUACUCCAAGUGUGGCUGCAUUGUUAAUGCAUCUCAAUGUUUCAGCUCAAUUUUAGACCCUGAUCUGUUUACAUGGACUUCACUCAUUUGUGCCUACGCAUUUCAUGGUCUUGCCAAAGAAGCUACCGAGUGUUUCGAGAAAAUGUUAAUUUAUGGCAUAAGACCAGAUGGAAUCACCUUUCUUGGGGUUCUUUCUGCCUGUAUCCAUGGAGGGCUAAUACAUAAAGGCCUUCAUUACUUCAAGACAAUGAUCGAUGAAUAUUGUAUACCACCAGAUUCAGAACAUUAUACCUGUCUCAUUGACCUUAUCGGACGAUCCGGUCUUCUAGACGAGGCUUUCAAUGUCUUGACCUUGAUGCCAACUGAAGCUGGUCCAGACACGUUGGGAGCGUUCCUUGGGGCAUGUAAAGUCCAUGGAAAUGUAGGAUUAGCAAAAUGGGCUGCAGAAAAGCUUUUUGCAUUGGAGCCAAAUAAACCUACAAAUUACAUUCUCAUGUCUAACACCUAUUCUUCUGAAGGUCAUUGGACUGAUGUGGCAAGAAUUCGUAAAACAAUGAGAAAUAGUUGUGAUCAUAAAGCUCCUGGUUGUAGCUGGGUAGAGAUUACUGGUGACGUUCAUACAUUUGUUUCACGUGAUAAAUCUCACCCACAAGCAUCAGAGGUGUAUGCCAUGUUAUGGUUGUUGCUUAGGUCAAUGAAGGAAGAAAAGUGUUUUGCCAAUGCAUUCACUGAUUUUGAAAUUAUUCUGGAUGAAUGUGCCCUUUAACUUCCAUAAUUUACUAGUGCUCUGCUUUGGAGUCGUUCACUCUGACGAGAUUUUGAUGUUGACUGGAAAGAUUUCCUUAAAACAAAGGCAAUAUUGCAACCAACUGAUCUGAUCUAGCCCUCUUAUGAAUCUGCACCCACCUAAAGUACUCAUUAGUCACUGAUAUGAUUUUGGGAAGGCUGACAGUCUCCUCCCUAACAGCAGGAUAUAGAUUAUAAGUUUGAUUAACUUUUAAUAAAAGGGUAAGUGACUUGCUCUUAAUUUCUCUAUCACCAAAAUCAUAUAUGGAGUAAGUUUCUGGCUACUCAUAUAUGAGCAGCUUACUGGUAAUCUGUCUAUUCAA